AAUACAACGCUCGAUGUUUGACAUGUGUGCAUUCAACGUCAGAGAUAGUUUGUAAUAGAGGUGAGCAACAUUAUACGUGAACGUCAUUUUUUACCGCUAUUGAUAUCAACAGUUAUUUUACAAAGGGUAAUCGCACAGUGAACUUGACGGUACAACAAACAAAAUGAAAAAUCCAUCAUAAUGCAAUUGGUAGCGUACAUAAGCCUAUUUAUUCACACUCAUGUAAUAUUGAUUAUCCCAUGCAGUGAGGAAUUAAGCAUUUAAUAUCAUAGGUGACGAAUUACUCCUUAAUUUUGGCGCGAAAUUUCAGCGAUAAUUUGUAAUUUCUCAUGUGAAAUUACAAAAUUGCCAUGGCAACCUUCCGUAUGUCUCAGUGUCAAGAUGGCGACGAAGUUUCAAACUGUCAUGAAUGAAGAUGCCAGGGCAUAUAAAUACGCUUUAGAAAACCUGAACACACCAAAGAGCACAUCAAGAAGGAUUCUAAAGCUCUAAAAGUUUGAGAGAAUGGAGUUCUCGAUCGAUACAAUCCAGGAUAAACAUGUCAAAAAUCCAAGAUUGCUAACGUAUUCAUCACCCAUGAUAUUAAUAGGUAAUCAAAUGGUAUACUCGUGAAAUUAGGGAAUAAUUUCACUUGCGUUUUGUCCAAAUCCUAAUAAUUUCCCUCGCCUAAAGGCUCGGGAAAAUAUAAGGAUUUGGACAAAACGCGCGUGAAAUUAUUCCUUAAUUUAACUCAUCACCAUUUGAUUACACAUACAUAUAAACCUGAAUAAUGUAUGCAAAGUUGUCAUUUCGCAAAUAGUGUCAUUGAACACGGAUCAGGCAGGUUUCUGCUCCAGCACAGUCUGCUGCCGUUUUGUUGGCUAAGUUGCAGCAGGUUAUAUAUGCUUCAACUUUGCCACAGCAGCCAAUGCAAGAUAUUGGCAACAUUGCAGCUCAGUCGGGUGCAUCUGGGAGACUUGCGACUGUUGAUCAGGGUUCAAAAUAAAAUCACAGCUUUUAGCCUGAAUCUCUAGGCUAUUAUUAUCAAGGCUUAUUUUUCCCUUGGCUGUCAAUAAUGAAUAUUCAAUAAGUUUGCUUUGUACAUGUUCAGCAAUUAAUGGCUGAUGAUUUUAAAUUCUUGGAACCUGUAGUGAACACAUUUGUUCCUGGUAAUUUCCCCACCCACUUCUUGCAAAUCCCGGCAUGUUAGGAUUGUAUUUAAAGAAUAAAUUGGGAGAUAUUUGUUUGUCUUUUUCCAGCUUUCAAAUGUAGAUGUCUUCACUGACAUCACUGAUUCAUGUGUGACGUAAAUGGCACUUUCUAAACACUUUUUUCACUUCUCGUGAUCUGGAUGUGUGUACAGUCGAACCUUGAUUAUCCAGACUCGCUGGGACCAGACGAAAUUAAUAGUCCGGAUAAUCGAGGGUCCGGAUAAUCAAAUAUAUGAAUUUUAAUGAAGAACAAAACUGAUUGAAUUAAGGAAACAACAUUUAAUUGUGAAACAACACUAUUACAAAUCGUUUGGGGGGCCAGAAAUUGGAGUGCCAGAUGUUCGUUGCUGAAUAAACCAGACAUACAGGGCUUUAUCGAGCUGUUCAUCAUGUGCAACUUUCAGCAAUUUUCGCUUCACUCUUUCGCUGCCCGUACGAAACGAGCAGCGCUGCUGCAGCGCUGCAGAAUGACUUCAAGAAGCGCUACAAAAGAGCUGCAAAAGGGCUGGCUGCAGCAGUAGCAAAAAAUGGCUGUUUCGCGCUGCAGUCAGGAAAGCCCUUUGACAGCGAUAAACAGCGCUGUUGCAGUGGUGCAGAAUAUUCCCGAAUCACGAUCUGCGCUGCAAAGUGGCUGCAAAGUGGCUUCGAAUUUUAAGACAAAGAAUGUUGUUCCCGGUAAUGGCCUACCACUCGUUAGUACAAAAAAAAAGAAAUGCAGACUUCAAUAAUACAAUAACCACGAAACAUGGUGGAGGAGUUGACAAGGCCUUAGGAGGAGUAAAAACCACUAGAAAGUCAAAAUGCAACUGAUACUUUAUUAGUAUCCACACGUACACGUUACAAAAGCAAGUGACAUAACAAAUCUGCAACAGUCCCGCUUUGUAAAUAUUCAGCAGUCACGGUCACUCAUCUAAAUGUAAGAACUUCAAUUAACAUGCAGACAUUGAAGUUUAUCUUUUUUUAAAAAUAAAGAGAAUAACAGCGACUGUUCUACAUAAAGUUUACACCGGACAACAGCCAAAUGAUAUUUUGAUUCGUUGCAACACGUUAAGCCUGACAUCGCUCACCUUGACGUUUUGGCCAUGAUCGACGAUCUGCUACACUUUUUCGUGAAAGAAAUCAACCCAAUCUUACUUUGGUCGUCGUUAAAUUUUACAAUGGACUAAGGAACGUACAUUAUCGUUGAACGUUUGAAUCUUGUAAAUGCAUUCGUGCCCCAGCGAAGAUUCUUGCAUCUGUGUUGCUUGCUCUGGUUCAAUUCGUCGGUACUUCGCGCAGAAUUCACCGUACAGUGCCGUUGUUUACAAAUACCUUUGAGCUGUUCCAUCCAAAAACAUCAACAGAACUUCCAUCUCGAAACAGAACUAGAUGCAAAACACUUACAAAUUUGUAUGAAUGUUUGCGCCUUUCAUUCAACGCUCACAAAUGUUUGUCUAGAGAUGUAAUGGGAUCUUAUGCGAAAGUGCCGACCAAUUAGAUUACAGCCUAGAAUGUCUCCAGGGAAUUAGCGAUAACAUUCCCACACUCGCCACUCACGGAAUGAAAUUUAUUAAAAGCAUAGAAUUUGAAGGUUUAUUCAAUAAGUGAUCUUCCUUGCGUACAAGCUUACUCACAUUUCUUAGAGGUACAGUCAAAGUUUUCUCGUUAUAAAAGCCGUAAUCUGUGGCAAGGCUUUUCUGGCGAUUCAUGUUAUGUCAUGAAUGUUUUGCUAUCAGAUCGAGCGCAGCUGAAUUGUAGCGUUACUGCAGCUACUUCGCAGCUUUUGAAAGUCGGCAACUCCGCUGCAAAACCGCUGCCGAGAGCUUCAAAGGCUGCACAGCGCUUUUGCAUCCCGCUGCAACUUGAAUUAAGCUGCCGUUUGGCUUCUAAAACGCUGCUAAACAGCUGUAAUUUAGCUGUACAGCUAUUUUGAAGCGAUUUUGUGGCGCUGUACAGCGCUGCCAGUUUCGUACGGGUGGUCUCUAAGAUGUCAGCAAACUUGCCCGUUUCCUUGUUCUUGCCGAUAUCAGAGAUCUGCUGCUUACUAACACCAUAUUAAGCUGACAAAUUGGUUCCUUUUUCUCCUUUCUCUAAUCGCACAAUUAUAGACUGUUAAUCUUUUAUCGAAAAAGCGGAUCGCUUGCACUUUGAAGACAUGAUGAUCAAACAUCAGUGGUCUUAAAUUUCACAUGCCUAUUCCAGAGAGCAGAAAUCCAAGUAAACAAAUAUAAAUGCAGUAAGCUGUCCACAAAGGCUGAGUUUUUUCUCCAGAGAAUCUAGUCUGAGAUUCAUUCACCAAUCGCAGCACCGGAAAUUAUUUGCGUCAUGGCAUUAACAUUACAACCAAUCAGGGUCUGUCCCCAACAUUCUGGGGAAACGGAAACACAAUUAACGGUGGCAAUUCACAGACGUCUCUUCUCCCGUUUUUUUCUGAGGGAGGGGGAACGUCUGUACACAGGCUAUCUCGAAUUAGAACACAGUAAACUAUGUACAAAGCAACCUAAACUAUAAAAUAUUGCUCAUCCCUUUAAAAGAAAGAGAUAAAGUUGUAUCUGUCAGUUUACCUUGAUGGGCAAGCUUAUGCUGGCUCAAAGCUAAUAAGUUAAGUCUCAAUGUCGCCAAAACAGAGUUUAUGGUUGUUAGCUCGAGACAGAAACUACAGUCCUUAAAUGACUACACAAUGAACAUUUAUAUAGAUGGCAUCCCAAUAAACCAAAGCAUUCAAAGCAAAUCUCUCGGGCUUAUCAUUGAUGAAGAUCUCUCGUGGAAGGCCCACAUCCAUGAAAUCUCUAAAAAAGUAUCCUCUGGUAUUGGUACUAUUAAGCAGGUCAGGCCAUUUGUUUCAAUGUACACUGCAAUUAAAAUACAUGUAUACAAAGGUCUUAUCGAGCCACACUUCGAUUAUUGCAGGGCUGUUAAUGGGAUGGCUUGACCCAACAGCUUAGUGAAAAACUUGAAAAACUUCAAAAUCGUGCUAUCAGAGUAAUCACCAAAUCUACUGUAGCUAUGAUCCUAGUUCCAGAUUUCUUCUUCACUCGCUUGGUUGGGACAAUUAUUUUAUCAGUUGGAAGGGCUAAACAAAAGGCUAAUUUAAUGUAAAGGCAUCAAUAAUCUCACCCCAGCUUAUCUCUGUAAUUUGUUUGCCCCAAGAACACCAAAUUACUUUCCGCAACGCGAAGGAAAAAUUAACCCCGGAGUAGUCAAUCGAUAAAAAUCGGUAUCGAUUUGUCAUUUGAUAAAUCAAUGAAAAUCGGUAAAUCUGAUUUGAUUGAUAUCGAUUGUAUCUGUCAAUCGGUAGAAAUCGAUGACACACUCGUUUCGUUUAUCGAUUUAUCUUGAUUUCUACUGAUUUCAUCGAUUCAUAUCGGAAGAAACAUUCUGUUCAUCAAAAUAUUAAAACUGAAUUCAUGCAAACAGUAAAUUUAAUUUUAUUGACAAUGGGUGGCAAUUGAGAGUCACAGGAUCAAACAUUUAUCACAUUAUAUUGUUUAUCAAACAUCACUUAUAAAGAAAUAUUUAAAAACAUCUUAUCUUUUCUUGAAAUCAGGAUUAAAAUCUUCUUCUGAUGGCUGAUAUUGGCCAGGUCUGUAGGCUUCCAGUUUUUCAGGAUUUGAAUCUACCACCCUUUCAAUAUAAUGUUGGUGUAGAUCUGGGUGUAGUUACAUCCUGGAGGACCCGGACUAGUCAAUAGAUAAAAAUCGAAAUCGAUAAAAAUUGUUAGCCAUCAAGUGAUUUUUAUCGACUGAUAUCGGAAAACAGUGAAAAUUGAUUGAGGAAAAUCUUUUCGCCUGAAUCCCCACUUGAUUUAGGACUGUCUGAAAUUUAGGCUGGGAAAUCUUUAUUACCUAAGGAUGUAUUUCUCAUGAUACUUGCCUGCUAGAACUGAUUAAAAACCGAACUGUUUUUGUUAUAAUGUACAAAAUAAAGGAUUUUAGAGAGAAAGUUGAGUCUGUAAUAGUUUCCACAUUUCUCGUUUCCAUGUUUGCUGAUCAGUUGUUACUCGUGGAUGAGUUUUUUUAGCUGUACUAUCUAACUCGUGCCAAAAGAACACAAUGGCAGAUUUCAGUUACAAAUCGUUAAGACUAUGAAAAAUUGAUUGACACAGCAAUUCAGUUUAUUGAUUUUCACCGAUUUCCAUUAUCAAUCGAUAAAAAUCACUUGAUUGCUACAGAUUUUUAUCAAUACCGAUUUUUAUCGAUUGACUAAUCUGGGAAUUAAUGCUUCCAAAACCAAGAACUGAUCGCAUCACACCAGAAACGUAGCUAGCUUAAGUUACAGUGGUGCUCUUCUAUGGAAAAAUCUUCCUGAGGAAUUAUGCACAUCAAAUUCCUUAUUAGGUCUCUUUAAGAGAAGUUCCCAUAGAUGGUUUUCUGAUCAGUACUCCCACACGGCAAAUAUGUAAAACAGUUUUUGAGAAUUUUUAAUUUAAUUUUCUAUGUUAGACUGUUGUUUUUAACCGUGUAUAAAUAAGGUAUUCAUUCAUUCAAUCAUUCUCUUCAUAACAUUACUUUGGAAUUGCUGGAAAUCAACGCAAUUUCUAGAAAAAUCGUAUAUUUUUUUAGAGAUUAGAAAUCCGGUCAGUGUAAAACGCAGACUGCGGACUGCAGACUGCAGACUGCAGACUGCAGACUGCGGACCAGGGGUAAAAUGCAGACUGAGUGUAAAAUGCAGACUGCAGACUGAGAGAAAAAUGCAGACUGGGGUAAAAUGCAGAAUAAAGACUGUAGACUUUUUUAAACAUUAAUUUGUGCUCCUUCUCCAAAUCGGUGAAAUAGCUAGCCGGUAUCAGUUACACACUUCGCUUCCUACUUGAAGUGGAUUGCACAUUCGCCAGAAGUUUCAAUGAACAUCUGAACAGGUUAAGUCUGCGUACCUUGAUUUGCAAUACUUUCAUAGAAGGUCAUCCAAAUUUCCUGCAGAACAUCUUUCUUUGUUGUUGGAAUGAUUUACUCCCUUUUUUUCAGCAUAAUUCUUCCUGUACAGAAUUUUGGGUCAGCAGCGUAAACAUUGUGGUGUUGUAACAAUUCACGGUCCCUGGUCACGUAUAUUGAAAACUUCGCGUCUAAACUUGAAGGGUGAGGUCUCUCGGACGGAAAAAAGGUUCAAGAUUGCGAUUAUAUGUUUUUGGGUCGUCGACAACGUUCUAGAGAAGAAAGUCCUCAAUGGAUUUGUGAAAGCAGAUGUCAUCAAGUAAGUGUUCGUUUACAUGUAUUUGCGAGAUUUUUUGACCCUUAAACCUUUCCGCAACUACAGUUUAUGCUCGGUCUGCUAAUUACCCCAGUCUGCAUUUUACUCUCAGUCUGCAGUCUGCAUUUUACGCUCAGUCUGCAUUUUACCCCUGGUCCGCAGUCUGCGUUUUACACUGACCGAUUAGAAAUCUAUCAUAUGUAUGGUUAACAUGAAUGUUUAUAAUGUAGUUGGCUUUCUCAUACAUUGUCUUUCUCAUUCAAAGUACAGUGCCGAGGCAUGUCCCUGGGUAUUAUGGCCACCUGAAAAUGUAUGUGAUUUUAUGCUUCAAAACAAAGCCUUAGAUAGUAAAGUUACAAUGGAUGCAAUGUUCUAAAAAAACAUUUGAUUAUUAUAUUUUUUGUAGAAGAGUUUGAAAAGGACAGUCGUGCUCCUAGAGGAAACCGACCUGUAUUUGAAUGCUACUGGAAUGGAAGGCUAAUUCCAUACACUUACACUGGUGUGUAACUUUGAACGUUACAGUAAUUGUAAAAACUGGGAAUUGUAAAAUCAUGCUGAUCCUGUUAUUAUUCUUUUGUGUCAGACUUGAAUGGUGUCAGCCCCCAAAGAAGAUAACUAUUCCAAUGGAGUGUCACAGCAGGUAUCUACCGGGUAAUAAUAAUAAAGCAUUUGCUCAUUAGUGCAUGUAACUUUAGUUUGAGGCCCUUGUUAAAACUUACAAUAGCUGCCACUUUUUCUGUCAUAUGUGCACUGUAUGGCCUCAGCAAGGAGCACACAGGCCUUAUAAAAUCUUCAGCCUGCAGAGCAAGGCAGCAGGCUUUUAGCCAGACAUUCUACACUGGCCAUCCUGAAGGCAAGUUUUUCCAUAAAAUUAUAAGAGAUUAAAGGGACUGGUUCACGAUAAUGCGCAUGUGUGAGUUCUGACAGUAGCUGAUUGUUUUUCAACCAAUCGGAAGCGAGUUAGAUGCACGCAAGUAAGUUUACAAAAUUCAAAUUAACUGUUCGCGACGCGAGAGUAUUUCCGGGCAUUUGGUUUGAUUUUAGUUAUCCCCAUAAUUCAAGUUUAUUCUUUGCUACUCCUCAGAUAUAUGUUGAAGCCGAUAAGAAUAAGAUUUACAGCCCUGCCCUGCUUUGAAACAAACAUUUACCAACGUGUAUUUUUACUAGGUCGUACCCACGCUAACAAAACAGUCACCGAUCGGCAAACAAAAUAUGUAAACAAACAUCUUAUUACUGUUCUCUCAGUUCGCCUUAUAUAAACCCAGAAAUAUCUACAAAUAGCGUCUGACCGGUGACAAAAGCACACAACGUAUGAGUAUAAAGAUUAUCCUUAAUUGAGCAUAAAUUUCAAUCGCUUAUCAGCAAAUGAACAAAUUCAUUCGCGUUGCAUCCGGUCAGUGUUCCGGAAAACAAACGUUAUCGAGUAGCACACAUAAAGAAACUAGAUUAUAAACUGAAUAUUCAGGCAAUAAUUUAUUUUUGAAACAUCAAUUCUUAAACAUAUACGAUCGUAAAGCAAAGAUACAAGGAACAUUUCAAGUGUACCAGAUCGGUGAAGAUCGCGCGACCUGUUGCGGUAUAACUACAGGUCGGAGUCAAAAUCAAAUCAAAGUUGAACGAACUCAUGCUUUUAACCACUUUCCAAGUGUCGUGUAUUCUUUUCGUAUGCCACACACUACUCCUAGAACCAUACUAGAUCGAUAGGCUAAGCUUCUCAAUCUCCAGAGACUCUUGAGAACGUCCUGUUGCCGGACGGCCACGAUGCUCUUCCGAACCUCCAUGAUCAAAACAUUAUUUUUGGCGUCUUCUUAAAACGUAAGCAGUCAAACGACACAACCACACGUUAAUCACCACUACCGAAGUAUAACUAGACCAGCCAAAGCGACGGAUGUCCGAAUAAAAAGAAGGAUUUUCAAUGAUUGUACCGGUAAUGGCGAUUUCGAAUUUAGUGUUGACCCAACAAAUUUAUUCUGAAGAGACAAAAGGGCGCAUGCGCAUUAUCGUGAACCAGUCCCUUUAAGUGAAUUUUCCUGUUUUUUAAAAUAGAUGUCCAUAGGACGCCUGGACACCCUUUUGGCUAAAACCUGGCUUGGCAGUCUCAACAAUGAUACCUCUUUGGCAGUACUGACCUUUAAGGAAGAAAUAAUAAUGAUGUAGUAAUUCAAAGAAAAUUCUAUAUUACACUGCUGUAUGUUUGUAUUUUUGUGCCUGGAUAGUGCUGUAUUACAGUGUACAGUGUGUACCCAUAAUUAUGUGGUGGUGUUUUCAUUUGAUUUCUCAUCAUAAUGAUUGGGUAUUUUAUUCAAAUGUUUGAUACGGUGAUAUUCCCUUGGAUUUUGCUUCAGCUGCCACUGAAUUACUUCGCUUUAAAAUUUUGUAGGUUUUCAGGUUGUCUUUGGACAAAUGACACUUUUCAAGUCAGUACAAACAAGCUGACAUUUAUGGAUCUGGAAGUAAAGAUCAAAGGCAAGAAUACCACUUCAGCAGAAUCAUUUUAGGAGGGGUGGGUGUAAUGAUAUAAGGC